AUGGCUGAUUCAAUUGAAAGAUACUUUUUUGGGAAAGAUAAAACUCCUGAACCCAUAGUUGUUCUAAACAGUGUCCUGAAUGCUCCCUCAAUGAUUAUUUCCAUUAUUGGCAACAUUUUGGUGCUCGUCGCCGUAUCGAGAACGCCUUCGAUCCGUUCGCCAAGCAAAAUUUUGCUGUGCAGUUUGGCUCUGUCUGACCUUCUCGUUGGCGUGGUAGUUCAACCACUGUACCUUGCUGCUUUCUUAAAAAGAAAUCAUUCUGUGCUUAACGCAUCAAGAACAAUGUCUUUUAUUGCAAGUGGUGCUUCUCUAUUCACUAUGACAGCCAUAGCAGUGGAUCGGUUCUUGGCCCUUCACUAUCACAUGCGAUACGCAGCGUUAAUGACCACAAGUCGUGCCAAGUAUUCUCUAGUGGCCCUUUGGACCGCUGCCGCCUUGCUAUCAAGCUCAGGUUUCCUGAAUAGGAAUGUCUAUGAAUCCACUGUAGCUGUUGCUAUCUCUAUUUCCCUUUUUAUUUGCACCAUUUGUUACAUCAGAAUCUAUACCAUUGCUCGUCGGCAUCAAAACCAGAUUCACCUUCAACAACAGGCGGUGGAAAGAGUGAAUAUCCAACGAUCGAAAAAAGGUGCCAAGAACUCGUUUAUCUAUUACGCUGUGAUGAUUCUGUGUUACUUACCUUUGUUUAUUAACAUGUCACUUCCACCUGAGUUACUGGGAUUAGAGUGGAUCCUAGCAGACACGUUAGUGUUUUUUAACUCUUCUAUCAAUCCUUUUCUUUAUUGCUGGCGUCUCCGUGAGCUUCGAACAGCUGUAAUUCAGACAACAGAGACGUGUUUCUGUAAAUCGACAGAACAAAACUAG